AUGCCACACAAGUACUACCAAGGUAAGACUGGUAUCGUUUACAACGUCACCAAGUCUGCUGUUGGUGUUAUUAUCUACAAAGUUGUUGGUAACAGAUACCUCGAAAAGAGAAUUAACUUGAGAAUCGAACACAUUAAGCACUCUGCUUGUCGUCAAGAAUUCAUCAACAGAGUUAAAUCUAACGCUGCUUUAAAGAGAGAAGCCAAGGCUAACGGUGAACACGUUCACUUGAAGAGACAACCAGCUAAGCCAAGAGACGCUAGAGUUGUUACUACCAAGGAAAACGUUCCACAAACCUUAGCUCCAGUUCCUUAUGAAACCUUCAUUUAA